UACAGAUGCGUGAUUAAAAAAUGAAUUCUGAAAAAGUUUGGUUGUCUGAUCCCGCCCAGGGAUUUAUUCUCGGCAAAAUAGUAGAAUUUGCUGAAGACGGUCCUGUAGUUCAACCCAUUGACAGGUCUCUAAAGGCUGUAACUACCACCUAUGAUCGUCUCUACCCUGCAGAAGAAAGCGAUUCAAAGGAAGUAGAAGACAACUGUGGUUUGAUGUUCCUAAAUGAGGCAACUUUGCUCAAUAAUGUUCGGCUUAGGUAUUUAAAGGUAAGUUAUCUCUAUCUAAUCUCAACUUUUAGCUCUGGCUUUGUCUGUAAGCAUCUAAUUCUAAUUAGUGCGGGGUCCCUGGAGAAAAAGAUCCUUCAAGCCAACCCUAUCCUAGAAGCAUUUGGUAAUGCUAAAACUAUCAGGAAUAAUAACAGCUCCAGGUUUGGGAAGUUUAUUGAGAUCCAUUUUGAUAGUCGGUGUCAGGUUGCAGGAGGGUAUAUCAGUCACUAUCUUCUAGAAAGAGCUAGAGUAGUCUCCCAAAACCAACAGGAGAGAAACUACCAUAUAUUCUACCAACUGUGUGCAGGGGCCGAUGAUAGUAUCCGGAAGAAACUAAAACUAGGAGCCCCGGAUUCAUUUAGAUAUUUAGCUGGAGGUUCUACUCAGUACUUCUUGACUCCGGAUUCAGAAAAGAAGAUUUCUAACGAGCGACUCUCUCAAGAACAUAGGAAGAAAGGUUGCUUGAAAGACGACAUUCUGGAUGAUGUUAAAGGAUUUAACACAGUAGAUAGGGAUCUUGGUAAUAUUGGUAUGUCUGAAAAGGAGCGAAUGUCUGUUUAUACAACCAUAGCUGCCGUUCUUCAUCUAGGAAAUGUAGAAUUCGAGGAUGAUCCGGAUGACAAUAGAGGCGGAUCAAGAGUAAAGGAAAGAUGUGAAGGAAGUUUGAAGACGACAUCUGAACUGUUAGGUCUUGAUAUUGAUGAGCUUAGGCGCGCACUUACUGCGCGCGUUAUGCAGGCUAUCAAGGGUGGAUUUAAAGGAACUGUGAUCAUGGUCCCUCUGAAGGUGUACGAGGCUAAUAGCGCCAGUAAAAUAUUUAUAUAUAUAAAUCUCCCCAUAAUUGAAAAAAAUAGACAAUUAUCGCAACAGCAAAGGUAAAUUUUUAAAAAUGAAAUUUUAGAUAUUGCUGGAUUCGAAUACUUUGCUGUAAACAGUUUUGAGCAGUUUUGCAUCAACUACUGCAAUGAGAAGCUUCAACAAUUCUUCAAUCAGAGAAUUCUGAAGGAUGAACAAGAGCUGUACAAGAAGGAGGGACUAGGAGUCAAGAAUGUCAAGUUUGUGGAUAAUCAGGAUUGCAUUGAUUUGAUUGAAGGGAAGUCAACUGGUAUAUUUAGUAUACUUGAUGAAGAAUCAAAGCUGCCAAAAUCAAGUUACCAGCAUUUUACCAGCGAGGUUCAUAGCAACAAUGGGAAUCAUUUCAGACUUGAUUUGCCAAGGAAGUCUAAGCUUAAAGAGCACAGAGAGAUCAGAGACGACGACGGAUUUCUUAUCCGUCAUUUUGCUGGAGCAGUCUGUUAUCAAACUCAGCAGUUUAUUGAGAAAAAUAACGACGCUCUUCACGCUUCAUUGGAAGCUCUGGUUCAGGAGUGUAAGAACGGGUUUAUCCAGGACUUGUUUAACCAAGGGUCAGAGAACGGGUCCUCCAGGGGCAAACUAACAUUCAUCAGUGUUGGGAAUAAGUUCAAAAGACAGUUGGAAGAACUUAUGGAGAAACUGAGAAGCACAGGAACAAACUUUAUAAGGUGUAUCAAGCCUAAUGUUAAGAUGGUUUCUGGAUUGUUUGAGGGUGGGUCAAUCCUUUCCCAGCUACAGUGUGCUGGUAUGACCAGCGUGCUAGAGCUUAUGCAGCAGGGAUAUCCGAGUAGGGCACAGUUUUCAGAGUUGUACAAUAUGUACAAGCAGUAUCUCCCUCCAGAUUUAGCAAGGUUGGAUCCCAGACUUUUCUGUAAGGCGCUUUUUAAGGCGUUGGGAUUGGAUGACAACGACUUUAAGUUUGGACUUACCAAAGUAUUUUUCCGACCUGGAAAGUUUGCAGAGUUUGACCAGCUUAUGAAGGCAGAUCCAGAGAAUCUGAAAGUUCUCAUUGAUAAGGUUGCAAUGGAAGUCAUAGAUCUCAAAUUUAACCGUCCUUGGCGUGAUGCUCUGGUAAUGAUCCAGAAGACCGUGAGGAUGCACCUGGCCAAGAGGAAGCACAGGCCAAGAGUCAAGGCCCUGGUCAAUAUCAAAGCCCUCUCAGGUCAAGUUCAUCAGAUCUCUUUAAUGGCCGGGGGCUUAAAAUCUGACAAAGAUUCUGUACUACAGACAGUUAGACAAUUGGAGUCUAAUAUAGCAAAGGUAAUUGCUGAGAUAAAGAAAAAUCAGAAUUUGAAAAAAAAGGAUUUGGAUAAAUUGUAUCAAGGCCUCGUUGAUCAAAUUAAGUCUGAACUUUCUGGCGUCAAGAAGAAGAUAGAAAAGCAGAAAGCAGCAGAGGAGCAGCUAAAACUUAGGAAGCUUCAGGAGGAAAUGGAGGCAGAAAAACGUCGGAAGGAGGCUGAAGAGGCUGAGCUUCGGAGGCAGGAGGAGGAUCGGAGGCAGAAGGCGGAGAUUGAGGCUCGGAGGAAGGAUAGCAGCAGAGACUGGAGGGUUGAAUAUAAUAUAUAAUAUUUCUAGAUGGAGCAGGAGAGAAGAGAUCAUGAGAUAGCGCUGCGGCUAGCAGCAGAGACUGGAGGAGCUGUUGAGGAGUUGCAUAGCCUUAAACGUAGUAGCCUCGUUAAUGCACAGAGAGAGGCGGCUGCAACUAAGAAGUAUGAUCUAUCUAAGUGGAAGUAUGCAGAGUUAAGAGAUACAAUUAAUACAAGUUGUGAAAUAGAACUCUUGGAGGCGUGCAGGGAAGAAUUUCACAGGCGUCUCAAGGUUUAUCAUGCAUGGAAAGCAAGAAAUAAGAAGAAGGACUCAACGUUUGAUGAAAAUAUGAGAGCUCCGUCUUCAAUAAUUCAGGAGGGAAGCAAACCUGUUGUGAAUACUGGAAAGAAGGUGAAUUCACAGACUGAGAGAUGUUUCAGGAUUCCGUUCCUUAGGCAGGAAUCAAACAACAACAACAACAACAACAACAACAACAAUAUCAACAAUAACAAUGCUGCUGGCAAGGGUUGGUGGUUCGCGCAUUUUGACGGAGAAUGGAUUGCUCGGCAGAUGGAACUACAUCCUGGUAGAGAUCCAGUUCUACUAGUUGCUGGCCAGGAUGAUAUGCAGAUGUGUGAACUAAGCUUGGAUGAGACUGGUUUAACAAGAAAGAGGGGAGCUGAGAUACUUCUUCAAGAGUUUGAAAAUGAGUGGAGCAAGAACGGGGGACAACCCUGUACUAGGCCCAAUGACAGAAAUAUUUAACCGAAAAUUGAAGAAGACGACAUUUGAAACAUGCAUGCAAUGUUUUGAAGAAGAAAUCCAGGAAAUCAAGCAAAAUUUGCUUUAGACUCUGUACAUUUUGUUACCGUUGUACAGUGCCUAAGCACGUGCAACCUAUAUUGUUAGAUUUCAUUUAACUUUUUUACAGUGAGACCCAUGAAUUUUGGAAUAGAAUUAUUUGACUGCUAUACACGUACUCAAGAUAUGAGUUUAAAUAUUUUAAUGAACAUGACGCACAGUAAUUGUGUAAUGGACACAGACCUAAUUCCACAAGCAUAAGUUGAUUUUCAACCUACUGGUAAAAAUUUGCUUUAAUAACAACUUUAGAAUGAGAUUUCAUAACAUUGUCAAAAUGUCGUCUUUCUAUUCUACAAUUGUAUGAGGCCCACAUUUGUGUACGUUUAUUGUGUAAAACUAGAAUUAAGAUACAUAUUAACUUUUUAUCUGUUGGCAGUUAUAUAUAUAUGUAUGUUUUAAUUGUUUUAUAAAUUGUGCAGUUUAAUUGCUUUAGAAUCAAUAAUUUUGAAAGUGAUUCGUAGUGAUUUGUUAAAGUUUUUUUCCGUGAUUGUUAUUGAAAUUAUGUUCAGACUUGGGCGCAGAAGGCGAUAUCGUUUGAAACAAAUGGCAAUCUAUUUUUGAUAAAUAAACGGACUAUUUUGUUGAAAAAA